GAGAUCCUUACACUGCACGUUGAUAUGGUGACCAUGGCGAUGAGGGGGGCAAGAACGACGAAACAUAUGGAGUCGACGCUACGGCUGCCUAUGUUCAUGUCUAGGGUUGGGUUUGUUGAUGCAUGUCAUUAUAUCAUGUGGUUGACUGCUUGCAGCAAGUCCUCAAUAGGCCAAGUCCGUCCAUACGGGUGGAGGGUGACUGAGGUCCGUGUCUGGCUUGUCUGUCUUGUCUUGUUUGUUCCGGCAUUUCUCGGGCUUGGAAUGGUUAUCUUUGCUUUCCAGAUUACAAGUGGAUGUUUGUACAUGUUUGUACCCUGUGUAUGUCGCCGCACCGAAUACUCGAGACAAAUAAGCUGGGUCACUCAUUUGGAAAAGUCUUAUUUGAUGUCUUUGGACGGUGAGUUCCGGAAUCCCGGAAUUGCAGUUCGACGUGACCUCACUAGUCGGAACGCUUCAGCAAUCCUGAACUCGAAAGAGUAACCCGGACGAUCUGAGUUCGUCUCGGCCUGCGCUUCAUUCGAGUCAUGUGCUGGCCUGGACUGGUUCGAUUUUUUUGGUGCUCAUGCAACAGCGGGACUUUGUGCCGAAGCACCGA